UGAACUGCAUGUGCAUCCUUUAUUAACUGGACUUUGUUCCAAGGAACACUUUCGGAAGGUUGAGAACCACUGAUGUAGACAGUUGAGUAUAGUAUAAUAUGGUCUUCUGCUUAACCUCCCUGGCGGUAUUCCCGAGUGUAGCUCGGGGGAAAGUUUCAGCACCACAAGUGGUAACCCCGAGCUACACUCAGGAAUACACUGCAGCGUUGCUCCGGGAUCCCUUCUGCACUUACCUUGUCCUGCGCUCCCGCGAUGUCCCCCCUGCAGCAUCCCCAGCCAUCUCCUCCGGCCAAUGCCGGCAUCUAUCUUCCGGGUUCCGUUCCCUGCAACGUCAGGACGUACGGGGACGGAACUGGCGGGAAACGUAAAAAUGUCAAAAAGUAACAU